AUGAGCGCAACCAAAGAUUCGGCCGCGUCGCAGGGACAGAAGCGCAAAAGAGAAGAGAAAGAUGUGACCAACAACAAGAAGGCGCAAAGCGACAAACCCUCAGCAUCGAUAUACAAAAACCUGCAACUCGCCGAGAAACCUGUAUACAAGAACCUGCAGAUCGCCGAGGCACUCAAGACACAAUCCAAAUCAAAGAAGCAGCGCCUCGACAAGUCGAACAAGGCUGAGAAGCCUAAAUUCAAGAACCUCCAGAUCGCCGAAUCGCAAAAGUCAGUGUCCAAAGAAACACAAGACGACAAGGUGCACAGAGAUGAGUCGCAAAAGCUUGGAACUGGAAUUAACAGACCACACAACCUACCGGCUGCUCGCCAAAGCAAGUUACUCCAGGUCCGCCAGAGUCUGCCUAUCUGGCCGCAGGCUGCCAACAUUCGCAAUGCGCUCCUCGAGAACCACGUCCUGAUCCUUGCUGGUGAGACUGGUAGUGCCGUUACUCAGCCUCGUCGUGUCGCCGCUGUCUCACUUGCCCGCCGCGUUGCCGAAGAAAUGGGAACUCCCCUUGGAAAGAGCCCGCAAGCGCUUGUUGGUUAUAAUGUACGUUUCGACGACAACGUUGGAAAGAACAACAGAAUCAAGUUCCUCACCGAAGGAAUGUUGCUGCAAGAGAUGUUGAGAGAUCCUGCCUUGACCGAGUACAGCUGUGUCGUCGUCGAUGAGGUACACGAACGAAGUGUCAAUGUGGAUUUGCUUUUAGGUUUCCUACGAGGCCUUGUAACCGGCACCAGUGAAGCAGCCAAGAAACGAAAAGGAAGGCCCCUCAAGGUUGUUGUAAUGAGUGCUACAGCUGAUACUGAGAAGUUGAAGGACUUCUUUAGCGAAGGCUUUGGACAGCCUCGUAUCGAAGACAACAUACCCACUGUCGACGACAGUGCACCAACCGUGGACGGAAAAGAGGCGUCUGUCGAAGUGUCACAGAAGCCAUCUGUUUCAAGCUCAAACAAAAUUUCAACAUGUUUUGUUGAGGGUAGAAUGUACUCAGUACAAACGGAAUACCUUUCCGAGCCCACUCGAGAUUUCUCUGAGGCAGCUUUGUUGCAAAUCUUCCAGAUUCAUCGCAAGGAGCCCAUGCCUGGAGAUAUUUUGGUCUUCUUGACUGGUGGAGACGUCAUCACAAAUCUGCAACAAGCAAUCGAGGACAUGAUACCAAAUGUAAUCACUAAAGACUCUGGUCUGCCCAAGCUGAUUGUAUUGCCACUAUAUGCAGCGCUUUCUCAAGCGCAGCAACAGGCCAUCUUCUCGCCGGCUCCUCCAAACACACGCAAAGUAAUCUUGGCGACCAACAUUGCUGAAACAUCAAUCACGGUACCCGGUGUUCGCUUUGUUAUUGACAGCGGCAAGGCCAAGAUUAAGCAAUUCCGUAAUCGCCUUGGCCUUGACUCGCUCCUCGUUAAGGACAUUUCCAAAUCUUCUGCCAUUCAACCGAGAGGUGUUCACGAUGUUAUGGAUUUCCCACUCUUGACUCGUCCUUCUAGAGAAGCAAUGGAGCGUGCGCUAUUGCAAUUGCUGCAACUCGAUGCGCUGAACCCUGAAGAUGGAAACAUCAGUGACUUGGGUCGUAAGAUUGCAAGACUGCCUCUGACCCCAGCCCAUGGCAGGACAAUAAUAGCCGCUGCCGAUCCUGAGAUGGGAUGUCUAUUGCCUGUAAUCGACAUUGUAGCCUGCUUCAACUCGGAGAAUAUCUUCGUUGAAGUCAAGGAUCAAGAUGCGAACGACGAGGCCAGAGAAGCACGUAACAAACUUUCACGCCGUCAAGGAGAUCAUUUGACCCUGCUCAGCGCCGUACAAGCCUACGCUUCAGAGCGCACCGAUCGCAAGCAAUGGGCUAAGCAACACCUAGUGUCUCACCGCUCUAUGCAGAAUGUCAUGGACGUCCGCAAACAACUUCGCGCUCAAUGCCAACAAGCUAAACUUCUCACAAAGGAACAACUCGCUACAGCCGACGACGACGAUGACCUCAACACAAUCUCCGAGUCCACGGGAAACAAUAUCCUGAAGUGCUUCCUCCGAGGGUUCCCUACCAAUGUUGCCAGACUGGUGCCUGAUGGCAGUUACAGGACUAUUCAUGGACACAUGGCUGUAGCCAUUCAUCCUAGCAGUGUUUUGUAUGGACGAAAACUUGAAGCUAUCUUGUACAACGAGUUUGUAUAUACGAACAGGACGUAUGCUCGUAGUGUCAGUGCUAUACAAAUGAACUGGCUGGAGGAGAUAUACGCGGCACCAGCAUGA